AUGUCGGAAGUGUCCGAGUAUGAGAAGGCCAACUGCUUUGAUCGGGCAAAGGGGAACUGCCCUUUGGUUGCAGCCAGUAAUGCAUAUUACGGAGUCCUAGGAAAGGUUGGACAGCAAGCCCUGCAGUCUGUGUCUUCAAGGACACUGGGUGACAUUCUGAUUCAGAUUUCCGAGAAUCAGAGGCGCCUGACAUCCGACCUUGAUGGAGUUUUUCGUUGGUUUCAUGGUGAAGUGCUGCAGGAGAUGGACAGGAAUGUCAAGCUGGACCGAGAUUACAUUGCUGGCAGUAAAAGACGCUAUGAAAUGGAGGUCAGAAAUCGUGCCUCUGCAUUGGAGAAGCAAAACUCUCAGCUGUGGGGAGAAAAACGACGAGGGAGAAGUCAGCAUGAAGUGCAGGAUCUCAUUGAGACUUUAGAGAGGGAAGCUCAGGUGUUUCUGAGAGAGAGCUUAAGAGAAGCUGAAAAGGAAGAACUGCGACGGUACCGCUUUCUAGCAGAGAAGCACUGCGGCCUGAUUCAGUCACUGCUUUAUCUCAUUAACAAGAAUGGGGCUUCCCUACAACAGCAGGCUGAGGUCUGGAGAGAGAGGGUCAACGAGACACGGUCUGGGUCUCACCUCCGACCCGCUGGCCGUAUCCCAAGACCCAGAACACCUUCUGGGCUACAGACACCAACAUCCAUCAGUUCACACACAUCUGGAAACUCUGUGAGCAGCUUCUAUCCAAUCUCCCAGAUAAGCGAGAGAGAAAUAGACAUGGAGCGAGAACGACAAACUAGGGAGAGCCAUGAUCACAAUCAAAGACCGCCCUCUAGAGGGUCCUCACAUUCUGGAAUACGGUCACGCUCUGGAUCCCUGGGAAACAGCCUGGAACUGAGAGAAGGUGAACAGGUCCAGGCAUUGGUGUCUCAUGAUGCUGGCACCAAUGUUACCCUGCUGAGCUUCUCUUCCGGGGAUGUCCUUACUGUGUUGGUGCCGGAAGCUCAAAACGGUUGGCUUUAUGGACAAUUAGAUGGUACUUCUAGCCAAGGCUGGUUUCCGGCAGCAUACGUCCAGGCGCUGAGACUGUCACCAGGGGACUCAGUAGGCAGUAGAACUCCCACCAUGAGAAGCAGUCAUAGUACAGGUGACCUCCUCAGCCAAGUUGCAUCCUUACUGGCUUCAGGGAGUAGCAGCAAUGGGAUUUCCCCGCCUGCUCCUCCGCCUCUUCCACGUCCUAUCACUCCUACCCCAACCAGGAAAACAGAAGAUGUACAAGAGGACAAGGUAUCUCAAAGACAGGACCACCAUCCACAGUUAUUUCCACGGGGCACCAAUCCAUUUGCAACCGUGAAGCUACGGCCUACAGUCACAAAUGACCGAUCUGCACCUCGAAUUAAAUGAAGUUCAGACAUCUUUUUAAAGCGUGUAAUGCUUAUUCCUGCCGACUAUACCAUUUAUUUUGCCGUGCUCCAGGCCAUUUGCUUUCUGGAAUGAUAUUAGGAGCUCUGAGUCAUGCGUUUUGGGAUUAGUAAAGUAUUCUGUACGUCCUUCAAUAAUAUUUGAUAAGCAAGAAAUUAAAUUUGUAAACACCUCAUUACUCCUUAAUUGACUGUAAAGAGCCAACAGAGAUUCCUUAUUUAUCAUGUUGUGUAUGAGGGGAGCGAAGAAUUUAGGAAAGUGUUCUGAAUUUGUCGGCUAAUAUUAUUCAUCCAUUCAUUUAUUAAUUUUUAACCCAUUUAUUUUUAUUGCCUUGGGCUGGUAGCAUUGGGUUCUAGACAGGAAUCAGCCCUGGGUAGGAUGCCAGUCCAUCACACAGUCAGAUCAAGAGUCACAAACCUAACAAGAAUGCGUGUAGGCUGUGAGAGGGGAGACCGACUUUCUGGUGACAAACGUGCCCACAAAAUGACAAGAGGGGGAAAACUACUCAAAGACCCUGGCUAGGCCCGUUUCUGAACCUUCCCUGGACAUUAGGGUCUUUGUGAGGCAGAACUGACAGCCGUUGUACUAAUAUUGUUAAUGAUGUGAAUACUUGAUGCACAGGGUUAAGAAAGUACAGGUUUUAGGGUGGUCUGAUGGAGCAAAUCUGUUUCAUUUAAUUUGAAUGUAAAGAAGGCAACAUAAACAU